UUAGGUUUUAUCGAUGUUUAUACAAUAUUAUAAAUAAUCUACAAGGUUAAAAAUAGUUAAAGUUUGACAUCGAAACAGUGCACAGAAUAAAUAAUAAUGCGGUUCGUCCAAUUCCUGCUAAAUAAAGCCGUCACCUCCCUCAGGCUUGGAAUCCUCAAAAAUGACGUAAUAAUCGACUGCACUCAAGAGGGCUUAUCUGGUUCUCUCGUGGAUCUACUCAACCAAGAAAACGGCUUCGAAAGUCUCAUGAGUGCUGCCUCGAAAGCUACAACCAGCUACCCUCUAGCCGACGUGAAACUCCUAGCACCUGUUUCUAAACCCGACAAAGUUCUCUGCGUCGGAAUGAACUACAAGGAACACUGCGACGAGCUCAAAAUCCCCCGUCGGAUCCAGCCUAUUAUUUUUAGUAAAUUCGCGUCAACCAUCAUCGGCCCUUUCGAUAAUAUCGUCAGACCGACUUGCAGCGAGGCACUCGAUUGGGAAGUGGAACUUGUCGUUGUCAUCGGGAAAAAAGCCAAACAAGUUCAACUGGAAAAUGCAUUCGAUUAUGUUUUGGGGUACAUGGUUGGACAGGAUUUGACGGCUAGGGACUUGGUGACGCCGGAUUUCAACGGCGGGCAAUAUUUGUUGGGAAAAACGAUGGAUACAUUCUGUCCAGUGGGACCUUGCAUCGUCACCAAGGACGAGAUUCCUGACCCCCAUAAUUUGAAGUUGAAAACUUGGGUGAACGGUGUUUUGAAGCAGGAUGGUACCACCUCCCAAAUGGUUCACAAGAUUGACAAAUUGAUAGCACACUUAUCUAACUACAUGAUCCUGUAUCCAGGUGACAUCAUCAUGACGGGCACUCCAAGUGGCGUAGGAUUUUUCCGGACUCCACGUGAGGCCUUGAAGGCUGGUGAUUUAGUGGAGAGCGAAAUUGAAAACGUCGGAAAAUUGUCGAAUCGUGUUAUCUGACCUCAAUAAACAAGCUGUUUUUGGCCCA